AAUUGUCAGAAAAAGCCAAGGUCAAUCAUCACAGAUGGAGACGCUGCAAUGAUACGAGCUAUUCGGUUGGUUUUGGUUGAUGUGUUGCACCGUCUCUGCUCAUGGCACGUGGAAAAAAACAUGCAGAAGCACCUUAAUUACAAAUCGCUAAGUGAGUUCAGGGCACUCUUGUACUACUCCACCUCUCCAGCCAACUUUGAGGCGAGAUGGCACGCUUUCGUUCGUAAAUGGAAGACUGAUAAAACAGAAGAGUGGUUGAGUAGGAUGUACAGGAAGAGGAGUCUGUGGGCAGCAUCAUAUCUGUCAGAUGGUUUUUUUCUGGGUAUGCGCAGUAAUCAGAGGAGUGAAAGUCUUAACUCUUGUCUUCACCUGCACUUGGACGGCGGUAUGACUAUUGUUGACCUAGUUGUGCAUUAUGAGAAUUGCAUAGUCCGACUACGUGAGAACGAGGCGCAUGAUGACUGUGUUUCAAAUCAGUCAUUGCCACCAUCAGUCACAGAAUAUAAGGAUAUUGAGAAGCAUGCCGCCAAAGUAUUCACUCAUUCCAAUUUUUAUAUUCUUCAACAAGAUCUGAAGAAGAUGGGAGAGCUUGAGAUUUUUGAGACGCUAGUGGGAGUUGACUGCCACACCUUCAUCGUGACAUGGAGGAAUAACCGGAAAUUUCAGUUCAGCGUGAAUUAUCGAGCUGAAAACUCUGAGAAUAUGAUAGACUGCAGUUGUGGACGAAUGCUUCGGAAAGGAUUGCCUUGCAAACACAUUCUGUAUGUGUUGGUUCAUCUCAAAAUAUCUAAAAUACCUAAGUGUUGCAUCCUUAAGAGGAUGUCGAAAGUUGCGAGAGGUGGGCUGCCUGCACAGCGAAAGAGUGACUUGUUUGGCUGGGGUUGGACAGGGGCAGAGCAGCGUGCUCGCUAUAGUCAACUCAGUAUAACAGGAGCUGAAGCUUUUCAUGUUGCUUCAAAUGAUCCAUUCGUCUAUGAUGAGUUGAUGCAGUGUCUGCAGAAUAUAAUAGCGAAGAAAAAGGUCCCUGAUGAUGAUGCCGUUGGUAGUACAAGAAAUGUGCAUGAGGAGCCACGUCAGCCGGAACAACAUGUUGAUGUCAUAGGUGAUCCCGUGAAAGUUUCCACGAAGGGCGCCCCUAAACAGAGCAGGACAGGGCGGGCAAAGAAAGAUCCAAAUGUUACAAAAAAUGGAAGACCAAUAUCAUUUUCUGAGAAAAAACCCGGUCCUCUUUGUGGCAUUUGUAAGAGAGAGGGCCAUAGACGGCAAACGUGCCCUGAGAAUGAAAAGAACCGGGCAUAAAGAGAACCGGGCAUAAAGAUGAAGUAUUCAUAAUCAAUUGAAGGCACUGGCAAUUUCAAUUUAUUUGUUUAAGAAUAAGAGACAUGGCACUUUGAGUUUAUUCUUUAAACCACCUUGUUCGAUGAAAGUCAUUACCACUUUCAGUUUAUUUGUUUAAGAAUAAUAGACAUGGC